AUGGUUUCAUUCAUGUGGGAUUUUCAAAUCCCAUAUCAUAACAUAGCGACUACCUACCUUCUCUGAUUCAUCUUCGCCGAGUUUCACACGCCAUCGAAAGAUUCCAGGUUUUCACACAAAUUCAAAUUCAUUCUUGCUUCCCCAUCAUCAGAUCCUGAAUUUUGAUGGUUUUUCCAUUAGAAAGGGUUUUGUUUUUGCUUUCUUUGUACUCUAGAUUUGGAGUUCCACAAUGAUUAUUAGUCUGUGGAAUUUUGAGAUCAGUGAUAAUAUAUAGAUAUGGUUUCCAAAGAUGGGAAAACUAAAGCUCACAAAUGGGUUCUGGGUUUGGUGUAUAUAAUUGCUGUGGCAACAAUUUGGAUAGCUGCUAGCUUUGUAGUGCAGUCUGUUGUAGAUGCUGGUGUUUCUCCAUUCCUUGUUACUUACAUCUGCAAUUCAUUGUUUGUGGUCUUGAUUCCAAUUGUUGAAAUUGGGAGGUAUUUGGAGGAUUCUCAUAGGGGUAUAUUGUUUUGGAGGACUCAAAAGGGUGCUAACUUGCAUUCCGAACAAGGCUGGAUUGGGGAGUCAGAACAGGCUAUCCUUCUCAAACCUAAUGAUGCAGAUGCAGAUGCAGGCAAUGAAGCUAAUGAAUCCACUCAAGAUAGGGACAAUUAUUCUGAAAUAGUGGUUGGGGAAUUUGUUGAUCGAGUUGAUGAUGUGAUUGAAAAUGUUGAUAAUCAGGUUGAUCCGAAUGGUCAAUGGACGCGGUGCAGAGUGGCAAAAGUUAGUCUAUUGAUAUGCCCAUUCUGGUUUUUUGCUCAGCUCACUUUUAACUUGUCAUUGAAGUAUACAACAGUUACAUCGAAUACGAUCUUAAGCAGUUCAUCAAGUCUUUUUACCUUCCUGGUCUCCCUGGCAUUCUUGGGGGAGAGGUUCACUUGGUUAAAGCUCUUCAGUGUUCUUCUUUGCAUGGGAGGGACAGUAAUUGUGAGUCUUGGUGAUUCGCGGUCUGGUUUAAAAACAAUUGCAUCAAAUCCUCUUCUUGGAGACUUUUUCGCACUUCUUUCAGCUGGAUUAUAUGCAGUUUAUAUAACCCUUAUUCGCAAGAAAUUAACCAAUGAUAAUGAAAAGAGUGGUGAAGCCAGUAUGGCUCAGUUUCUUGGAUUUCUGGGGCUUUUCAAUGUGAUCAUUUUUCUUCCAGUUGCCCUCAUACUCAAUUUCACCAGCAUCGAGCCUUUUCACCUACUUACCUGGAAGCAACUUGGUCUGAUUAUUGGUAAAGGAUUGCUGGAUAAUGUCCUGAGUGAUUACUUGUGGGCAAAGGCUGUUCUUCUUACAUCAACCACAGUAGCUACAGCUGGACUCACAAUUCAGGUCCCAUUGGCUGCCAUUGUGGAUACGGUGACCGGCCAUUCACCUCCCCUUAUGAAUUACCUUGGAGCGGUAGCUGUCAUGAUUGGCUUCGCCGGAAUUAACAUUCCUCCUGAUACUUUUAGCAAAUCAGGUGAAUCUGCUGUGGAAUUGAAGAAUGAGAACGUGAGUGAAGAAAAUGCUCUGCCAAGAAGCCAAGAUUCAACAGCCACAUCAGGGUUUUAAUAGCGCUCUUGGUUUCAGUUUCAGCUAUGUUGCGGAAUUGCAGACGAAUGCAGGUCGACACUUUAAAACCAGUUAUGUUACGGCUGCAAUUGCAGUUGCAGGCCACAAUUUAGAACCCUGCAUAUCAUAGCAUGUUUGUUGUAUAUUGCAUUUAUUUCAAGUGUUUGUUGAAGGUUCAUCCUUUUAUCAGUUUUUACAGUUAGUUGCAAUAAGUGAAAUGUGCCAGUGCUACCAUACCAGACACGAAACAGAAGAACGUGAAAAAGAGAAGAUCGUGUUUGCUCCUGGAGAGACAUGUAAAUUGGGGGCGUUGUAUAUUGCUAGUUGGACAAUUUUUGUAGUAAUAGCUGGGGAUGAUGGAGAGCGCUUAGGAAUGUUUGGAAAAUUUAAAGUGGGGUUGAAUUUUCAUUUCAUGUCAAUAUUUUGUAAUUUAAUAUUUUUUCUGAAUAAAAUUAAAAUGAUAGAUUAUCAUGAAUUUAGUGUCAAA